UUUCCAAAAAAGACCAUAGCUCUUCUAGAGAGGAUACCAAGUCUUGUCUCUCUGUCUGUCUGUCCAGUCAGCCUCGCCGUCUGUGUCUCUUUCUGCUCGACCGUCCACAGAAACCAAAGAAAUCAACCAUGGAGGCCAUCAAGAAGAAAAUGCAGAUGCUGAAACUGGACAAGGAGAAUGCCAUUGAUCGUGCAGAACAGGCAGAGAUCGACAAGAAAGGUGCAGAGGACAAAUGCAAACAGCUGGAAGAGGAGCUCCUGGCCCUGCAGAAGAAACUGAAGGGUGUUGAGGACGAGUUGGACAAAUACUCGGAGUCUCUGAAGGACGCUCAGGAAAAACUCGAGCAGGCUGAGAAGAAAGCCACAGAUGCUGAGGCUGAGGUGGCAUCUCUGAACAGACGUAUCCAGCUGGUUGAGGAAGAGUUGGAUCGCGCACAGGAAAGGCUCGCCACUGCUCUACAGAAACUGGAGGAGGCAGAGAAAGCUGCAGAUGAGAGCGAGAGAGGAAUGAAGGUUAUUGAAAACAGAGCAACAAAAGAUGAAGAGAAGAUGGAGAUCCAGGAGAUGCAACUGAAGGAGGCCAAACACAUCGCUGAGGAGGCGGACCGCAAAUAUGAAGAGGUGGCACGUAAACUGGUGAUUCUUGAGGGUGAACUGGAGCGCUCUGAGGAACGAGCUGAAGUGGCUGAGGCUCGAGUCAGGCAGCUGGAGGAAGAACUUAAACUCAUGGACCAGAAUUUGAAAUCCAUGAUGGCUGUAGAGGAUGAGUACUCCACAAAAGAAGACAAAUAUGAAGAGGAGAUCAGAGUACUCACAGACAAACUCAAAGAGGCUGAGACUCGUGCCGAGUUUGCUGAGAGGUCUGUGGCAAAACUUGAGAAGACCAUUGAUGACUUAGAAGAGCAAUUAUCUCAGGCUAAAGAGGAGAACCUAAACAUGCACCAGGUGCUCGACCAAACCCUCCUGGAGCUCAACAAUUUAUAAAGGUGGAUCUGUGCAACACAAACAAGAGUCUUACACCUCACCGAGCUUUCCAGCGGGUCUUAAUGCACCUGCUACUCAGCUGUAGACACACAGAGCAUCGCACAAUUAAUUCACUUUAAUUGAUGAUUUACUAACAGUCGCACACUUGCCAUUUUAAGUCCAUACAUACAGUGUCUUUAUUAGUAUCAAAUCAAAAUAUCUUUAUUAUUAAUAAAUCAAAAUAUUUGGAUCUGUAAUUUUUCUUGUAUAUCAGUUGGAAGAGUGUGAUUUUAUUUUGUGUAUUUAAAACAUUUUGUGGCAGUUUUCCUGGACAGGGUUUAGAUUAAUCCAGGAUUUUGCCUUAGUUAUAUAAGGACAUUUUAGUAGUUUUUACAAUCUUGAGACAAAACAAUGGCACUGAUAUACUCUUAAGAUAUGUCAGUGCAGAUGUUUUUUAAUUAAGGCACUUUACAUGCAUUUUAGUCUGGGACUAGGAUAAACCCUGUCCAGGUAACCUUCCCUUCGUGUUUUGACAUUUUAAAUUUAGUUUCUUAAAAAGUGAUCUAGUAUCAUUUGGACCACAAUUGAAAACAAUGCUAGUUUAAUACAUUGUAUACCAUUUUGGAUUUUAAACAUACCAGUAAUAUACCGUAAAGGUUUUGCAAUGUUAUCACAAUUAUUUUUUUACAUAAAUAUGUUUGUAAUUGUCCCAUAACAUUACUAAAGUUGCUUUCUUAAAUACAAAUCAUUGUGUUGUAAAAUCUUAAAACUGAAACCCUAUUCAGUUGUUGUUUGGUAUAUUAAAGGGGUGUAAUGAAACAUCACUUUAUUCUGGCAAACGGUUUUUAAUCAUUCCUGACAUUUUUAAUGCAUCACCCAAACAUGUAUCCUAUGCAGUUUUGUAAGCUCUUUGUUUUGUUAAAAAUUAAAAUCUGAACUAUUAAAACAA